AUGGUCUCUCUCGCGUGCAUCGUCCAGGCAAUUACGGUCAUAUUAACUGUUUUCACUUCCCCUACAGGGGGCCAAAUCACGAACGGCGGCUUUGCCAGCUUCUGUGCCUUUACGGGUGCUAUUCUGGUCGACGGCCACUUGCUUGGGAUGUACUGUGAGAAUAAUGACAUCGCCAUCUUUGGGUACAACUACACUUGGAUCGAUCUUGACUACUGCAUCGGUAAUUAUAUCGGCAUGCUCCGUCCCCAGGAGUUUGGCCACUACUCUGCCAGUUGCCGUGGCUGCAUAAUCAACUUCGACUCGACUCUCUGGUUGGACUGCAUCUGCCCUGACCUGCGCCAUCUUCCUGUUCACUCGACCAUCGAUCUGAAUACGACCCUCUUCGACUACGAUGGUGCCCUUGGUUGCUUCAGGGUUCUGGGUAACAAGACCAGGGAAGGUCCUCCUCUUCCUAAUAACUGA